GCCGUCUGGAUCUACAGCUCGGCGUACGACCAGUCCCAGCACGCGAAGCAUCUGAAUAUCGUCACGGUCGACCUGGACGGGGGGGAAGUUGGCGAAUCUCUUCUGUCAGCAGCGGCCAGCAUCUCCGGUACGGAUGGAAUCGCCUCGUUCCCGGUGCGGAACAUGACCUACGACGAGGCCUACAAUCACGUCUGGAGGGGCGAUGCCUGGGCGGCGGUGAUCGCCAUGCCGAACGCGUCGACGAACCUCCACCGCGCCAUCACCAACGACAACACCACCACGUACGACUCGACAACCGCCCUGACCUACAUCUGGAACCAGGCGCACUGGCCGAUGGUCGCCGAGGGAUACAUCACGCCGUCGCUGGAGGAGGCCGUCGACGGGGCCAGCAGUCUGUGGAUCCAGACGUACGGCGCGGCGCUGCUGGAGGCCACGAGCGAGAGCAACCUCAGCUCAACGGGCAUCCGGCUGCUGCUGGACGGCUUCGGCAGCACCUCGGUCGACAUCCAGCCCUUCCCCAUCGGCGUACGGCCCUUCCUCUCGACGGCGGCCAUGGUCUUCCCUGCCCUGCUCGAGUUCUUCUUCUCCAUGGCCCUGCGCGGCGCCUCGGACGAGUGCGGCCUGCCCCGGGGCCGUCUCGCCCUGCAGCGGCACUAUCUCCUGCGCGGCUGCGCCAUGCUCAUCUUCUCCUGUCUGAUGGGCAUCUCGUGGGGGCUCUGGCAUGAGGUCUUCCAUGAACACUCGGGCAUCUCCGGUAGCCAGUUCUGUCUGAUCUGGCUCACCUUCUGGAUGUAUGGCAUCAUCGCCUUUGUCGUCUAUGACUCUGCCACCGCCGCCCUGCCCACCUUCCUGUUCCCCCCGCUGGUCCUCACCUACAUCAUCAUCAACGUCACCGCCGCCGCCUUCCCCAUCCCCCUCAAGCCCGCCUUCUUCCAUCUCGACUACAUCUGGCCCAGCUACAACUGCUUUGAGCUGUACACCACCAUCCUCACCCACGGCUCCACCAGCAGGGUCUACCGCAAUGUGCCCGUCCUGUUUGGCUGGCUCAUCGUCUGGAUUCCCAUCAACCUCUUCCUGAACAAGCGCCGCUUUGCCAGGGACGUCGCCCAGCUCAAGGAGGAAGAAUAAAAUAGAUAUAGACACAGACGCAGAAAGCGUCGCUCAUUAUGUGAUAUGACCAUCAACUUUAGACAACACUAGAUUUCCAUCUCCUUGUAGAAUAUACACCUCAUCCCUGCCAGU